AGAAGGCCAUGGCUAUGUUGGUGGCUGAAAAGGAGCAGAAGGUGAUUGACAGAGAAAACACACUGAGUGAACGAGUCCCAGCACUGAAGCUAUCUGGGCUGUCUGUACAGGACCUGCAGACUCUUUGUAAAGAACUGCACCAGAAAAUUGAUGUUGUUGAUGAAGAGCGGUACGACGUCGCAAUGAAAGUUUCCAAAAGUGACGCAGAGAUUGAAAAUCUGACCAUGAAGAUCGUUGAGCUGAAGGGCAAGAAGCGACCUCAGCUGAAGAGGGUGAGAGUAUCAGCUGAAGCCAUGAUGGGGGCCCUGCUGGGAGCCAAGAUCAAAGAGUCUGUCGACUUCAAGGCCAACCUCAAGACUGUCAAGAAGGAGGAGGAGAAGAAAGAGGAAGUGACUGAUUGGCGUAAGAAUGUGGAUGCCAUGUCUGGCAUGGAGGGCAGAAAGAAGAUGUUUGCUGCAUCCUAAUAGCCACGGGUGGAACGAUGACAUCAUUAUGACUUCUCAGUGUUUAACUUACAUUAUGACAGUCAAGGAACAAAGUUAGUUUGUAUGGUUUUACGUAGCUACAGAGUCUCUUGCGUUGUUAUGUGUACAUAUGUUUUGUGUGUGCACCCAAAUCACAUUUAUAUCAUAUGAUAAUUAUAGUCACUCAAUGGUAAAUAAUGUAUUAUCUUUAUGUAAUAUGUUAUGGAAUGUUGUUAUUAUAUACACUACCGUUCAAAAGUUUGGGGUCACUUAGAAAUGUCCUGGUUUUUGAAAGAAAAGCUAUUUUUUUUGUCCGUUAAAAUAACAUCAAAUUGAUCAGGAAUACAGUGUAGACAUUGUUAAUGUUGUAGAAGGCCAGCAUCUCGGAGUUUCAUUUUCACUGUUGACAUUGAGACUGGUGUUUUGCGGGUACUAUUUAUUGAAGAUGCCAGUGGGGAACUUGUGAGGCAUCUGUUUCUCAAACUAGACACUCUAAUGUACUUGUCCUCUUGUUCAUUUGUGCACUGGGGCCUCACACUUCUCUUUCUAUUCUUGUUAGAGCCAGUUUGCGCAGUUCUGUGAAGGGAGUAGUGCACAGUGUUGUACGAGAUCUUCAGUUUCUUGGCAAUUAGUCGCAUGGAAUAGCCUUCAUUUCUCAGAACAAGAAUAGACUGACGAGUUUCAGAAGAAAGUUCUUUGUUUCUGGCCAUUUUGAGCCUAUAACCCACAAAUGCUGAUGCUCCAGACACUCAACUACUCUAAAGAAGGACAGUUUUAUUGCUUCUUUAAUCAGGACAACAGUUUUCAGCUGUGUUAACAUAAUUGCAAAAGGGUUUUCUAAUGAUCAGUAAGCCUUUUAAAAUGAUAAACUUGGAUUAGCUAACAUAACGUGCCAUUGGAACACAUGAGUGAUGGUUGCUGAUAAUGGGCCUCUGUACGUCUAUGUAGAUAUUACAUAAACAAAUCAGGCGUUUCCAGCUACAAUAGUCAUUUACAACAUUAACAAU